UCCGGGGAGAACAGAUAUAGUGAAUGCAGGGUCCGGGGACACCAGAUAUAGUGAAUGCAGGGUCCAGGGAGAGCGGAUAUAGUGAAUGCAGGGUCCAGGGAGACCGGAUAUAGUGAAUGCAGGGUCUGGGGAGACCGGAUAUAGUGAAUGCGGGGUCCGGGGAGACCGGAUAUAGUGAAUGCAGGGUCCGGGAGAGAGCGGAUAUAGUGAAUGCGGGGUCCGGGGAGAGCGGAUAUAGUGAAUGCAGGAUAUAGUGAAUGCAGGGUCCGGGGGAGACCAGAUAUAGUGAAUGCACGG